AUGUCUCAAAUAAAAGCCAUUUGUUUCAAAGAAGGUGGCGGCAAAGCCGCAAGAUGCCUCGAGCUGACCACCCGACCAAAGCCUGAUCCAAAGGCAGACGAUCUUCUGGUAAACAUAAAAGCAUGCGCUGUCAACCCAGUUGACACCAAGAUUCGACAAGGUGCUUUCCCGGCGGCUGAUAUUACAGGCUACGACGCUGCUGGCAUAGUCGAGAAAGUCGGCAGCAAUGUGACAGCCUUCAAACCUGGUGAUGAGGUGUACUAUUCUGGUCAGCUGGGUCAGCCAGGCACCACAGCAACUUACAGUCUGGUCAAUUCCAAGCUGGCUGCUUUGAAGCCAAAGUCCCUUGAUUUCGUCGAUGCUGCAGCUGUUCCACUUGUGAGUUUGACCGCUUGGGAACUGUUUGAAGAGCAUUUCAAUCUCAUCGAGGGAGAUCCUCAAGGAAAGCAAGCAAAGAAAUCAAUAUUGAUUAUCAACGGCGCAGGAGGCGUUGGCUCAAUAGCAACUCAGCUGGCUCGAAAGGUCUUCAAGCUUGAACGAGUCGUUGUUACAGCUUCACGACCAGAGACAAUAGAGCACGCCAAGAAAAUGGGUGCAACAGAUGUCAUCUCCCAUCGGGAAGAGCUGAAACCACAACUCGAGAAGCUCGGCUUGCAGGCAGUGGAGUAUAUCAUGAUCUGCCAUUCCACAAUUUCUUAUAUGGAUGUCGCGGUCGAUAUUGCUGCCCCAACUGGCAAGAUUGGUAGCAUUGUUGAGGUUUCCGAGCCUUUGCCUGGCCUUCACAAGAUCGACGCUUUCAUGAAGGCCUUGAGCUUCCAUUGGGAAGUUAUGUUGAGUAAAGGCGUGUACAAUUACGACUUGGAGAGUCAAGGCGACAUACUAAAACGCGUGGCGAAAGCGUACGAUGAUGGGUUGUUGACGACACUGGUGGUAGAACAGCACACUUUGAGCGUAAAGAGUCUGAUAGCCGCACACGAAAAGCUCGAAGCUGGAACGUCAAUUGGCAAGAUAGCACUUACGGUUGGCGAUGAUAUCCAGUAA